GCGGUGGGUCGACUUUCUUCAGCUCUGUAUCUCACCAUGGUUAGCUGACAAGGGCAGCUGUAGUCAGAGUGGAGUAUUCAAACAGAAAGUACAGUAAUCAACAAAAUAUCUUAGGUACUCGUUGUUAUAUUGCUCGGAUAAAAUAUUCAAAGAACGCCAAAAUGAACGAUAAUUUGUCCUGGACAGCCAGUGGCAAAUCUGUUCUAAUGGUCAACAUCCGCCACCUGUGGGUGUUGGGAAUUUGGGAACUGGGUGAAACCAGCCUGUUCACAUUACAGUCAAUGAUCGCAUUCGGGAUGGGCGCUUUCAUCAUAGUGGAUCGUGCUGUAGCUGUUUACUUCAUCUGGGGGAACUUUGAGCUAACCACGCUUGUUCUGCUCAUCACUUUCACCGGUGGCAGUGGAGUCGUGAAAAUGGCUGUCUUUGCCUACAACAGACGGCAGUACCACUCCCUGGCUAACCAGCUAGACGAGCUACUGUCCCUCCAACGUGGGUCCUGCUCAGAGGACCCUAACUUGGCAGCCAUUUUAGCAUCAUCCCGUCGGAAAGCUGCGCGCCUCACGAAGGGGCUGCUACUGCUCAUGCUGUCGCAGACUCUCUUGUGGAUGUCGGUGCCGCUCGUAGCCUACCCAGAGGAGAGCCGUCUGCCCUUUGUUCAGCACCAGUGGGACCACAACAACAACCUUUAUGGGAUCUCCUAUAUCGUGCAAUGCCUGUCGGCUGUCUGGGUGAGUCAGAUAAGCUUGGGUGUGGACUGCCUGUUCGCAUCCGUCAUGAUUAUUGUGGCUGCCCAGCUGGAGAUCCUCGUACACCGUCUCUUGGACGUCAGAAACGACGCGGACAGAGUGUAUAAGGAGACAGCCGUUUUGGAGAAGAAGAAAGUUGACAGCAAAUCUGAUCAAAACAUGUACGACGAGUUGCGCGUUUGUAUCAAAACUCACCAAGAUAUACUCGGGUUCGUCGCGUACCUCCAGGACACCAUGAGCCCCAUUGCAAUGACGCAGUUCGUCAUGAGCGUUGUCAUCGCAUGCAUGGCGUUAUUUCAGGCAACUUAUAGUGAAGAGUUCAGUGCAGUACUGAAAUGUGCAUCUUUCCUUACAAUUCCUGUUGGCCAGCUGUAUCUUUAUUGUUGGGCAGCAACUAACGUAACAGCACAGGCAGAGGCGGUCUCGGCAGCAAUAUACAGCUGCUCUUGGGUGGACGCUAGUGAGCGUUUCAAGCGUGCUCUGAGGGUCAUCAUCAGUCGCUCACAGAAGCCGCUGGUUCUCACCGCCGGACACCUCUACCCCAUCGACAAGGAAGCGUUCCUUACGUUGGUAAAUGCCUCUUACUCAUACUACGCAUUGCUGAGUCAAAUGUACAAUCGCUAGUGCCCUCAACGACAAGAGCCAGUAAGUAUGAUGUAGCCGCAGAAGAAGGAAGAGGUUUAAUACAUACGACAA